CUUUUGUAACACAGCCUGGCCCCCACAGCUAUGGUGCAGCAAGCAGGGUCAUCAAAAGCCAUUCUGUUCUUUUGGAAGCUGCAGACAAAGAGAACCUGGAAACCUGGUAUGCUAGCAAAAAUGGAAACAGUUUUCCCAUCCCAAAUCACUAAUGGGCAUGACUCCUUGAAAAUUGUGAAGAAACUUUUUGCUAUUUCCAUCUCGUGUAUAGCAUACCUAAGGGGCCUGUUUCCAGAGAGCUCUUAUGGAGAACGCCAUUUGGAUGACCUCAGUUUAAAAAUCCUCCGAGAAGAUAAAAAAUGUCCUGGGUCACUGCAUAUUAUCAGAUGGAUUCAAGGUUGUUUUGAUGCUUUGGAAAAGAAAUACCUACGUAUGGCAGUACUGACACUUUAUGCAAAUCCCACAGGACCUGAGAAAGUGACUGAGAUGUACCAGUUCAAAUUCAAAUACAUGAAAGAAGGAGCCACUAUGGAGUUUGACAGUUGUAGCAGCAGUACAAGUUUUGAAAGUGGAACAAAUAAUGAAGAUAUUAAGAAAGCCAGUGUUCUACUGAUUCGUAAAUUGUAUAUACUGAUGCAGGACCUUGAACCACUUCCUAAUAAUGCUGUACUUACUAUGAAACUGCAUUACUAUAAUGCAGUGACCCCACAUGAUUACCAGCCCCCUGGUUUUAAAGAAGGGGUGGAUUCACAGUUUCUGCUGUUUGACAGGGAGCCUAUCAACCUGCAAGUGGGAUUCGUCUCCACUGGCUUUCAUAGCAUGAAAGUAAAAGUCAUAACAGAGGCUACCAAAGUGACAGAUUUGGAGAACAAUCUGUUUCAGGAGAACAGCACUACUGAGAUCGCCCAUCAGGGUCUAGACUGUGAUGAGGAAGAAGAAUGCAAUGACCAUAUGCUGUUGAAGUGCUCUCUUGGCCACAUCUCACUCCUUUUGGGAGUCAGCACUCUCCAUCUGUAUCCUCCUGGAGACCACGAAAGGGAAAACAGCCUCUGUGACUUCUCCAACCAGAUUCAACAAAUGAAUGUUGUGUGCAGUCAGCAAAGUUCUGAGUGCUCCAGGAAGAAGAGGAAGAAAUUUGGUCUAGCUGGAAAGACAUGGGUUAGGCUCAUGAUUGCCUCCAGCCUUUGAAGCCAGGCACCGAAACCACACCUUCGUUUCCCCUCUCGCAGGUCCCUCUGCUCUCUGGGUUCUUUCAUUCUCCAGCUCACCUCUGCCAGGAAGAGGCUGGAAAUGUUCAUCAGUGUCAAAGUUGCGUUCACAUAAAUUCAGAGUUGUGUGUGUAUUCUUAAAAUUCUACUAACCAUUAGAGCCAAUUUUAAUGUAUCUUAAAAGUGUCAAUUUAUGGUUUCAAACCCAACAGUAUUGGAUAUUCAGGGACUUCCACAGGAUCUUAUAAUAAAAAAAUUCUCAGUUAUGAUCAUCAUCAUUUAGAAAAAGAUCCCAAAUAAUAAAAUGAAACUGAACACAUUAUGCUUGUAAGAGUUAAGUCCGCCUGUAAUCCCAGCACUUUGGGAGGCUGAGGCCGGCAGAUCACUAGGUCAAGAGAUUGAGACCAUCCUGGCCAACAUGGUGAAACCCUGUCUCUACUAAAAAAUACAAAAAUUAGCUGGGCAUGGUGGUGUGCGCCUGUAGUCCCAGCUACUCAGGAGGCUGAGGCAGGAGAAUUGCUUGAACCCAGGAGACGGAGAUUGCAGUGAGCCGAGAUUGUGCUGCUGCACUCCAGCCUGGUGCCUGGCGACAGAGCAUGACUCUGUCUCAAAAAACAACAACAACAAAGAGUUAAGUCAAGGUCUGCUACAGUGUAUGAUUCCAGAUUCUAUACAAAUGAGAAAAUGCUCAAAUGUAUCCUCUUUAGACAUUUUUAGUUUGUUUAAAGGGAAAAAAAGUAAUAUUUUCAGUGUGACUGUGUGAUUUGUGUACUAAGAUCCUGGCUGAGACUUGAUAAAUUAAUUUCCAGUUUUGAUAGAGGAGGAGGACACCAUUGUCUUGGUUAAAAAGAAAAAAAAAAUUUUAAUGGGCCCUUGGGUUAUCCAUUGGUAAAGUCAAAUUCCUAUUUAGAAAUGCCAAGACUUGAGGUCCUAAUAUCCCUUUGGGUGCACUACAUCUCUGCAAAUAGACUUUCACCUUCUGGGAGGAGCAAAUUCAGUCUUAUAGUAGGUGGUGGCUCACAGGUACCAAUGGCUAUGUGAAGGGCUAUCGUAAACUGUUCCCUGCAACCUGGCUGGAAGUUGCACAUGAGAUUUGCUCAACAGGGGAUGUUGAGAAAGGGAUUGGCUAGCAUUUCUGGUAAUAGGCUGAUUUACUCAGCUUCAGGGCUUUUUCCUGUGUUAUAAUUCCAUCAUGUUAUCCCAGAGCUUUAAGUAGUAAAGUCUCAUUACACUUUUAUUUUAUUUUAUUUUGAGACGGUCUCACUCUGUCACCCAGGCUGGAGUAUAGUGGCUUGAUCAUGGCUCACUACAGCCUUGACCUCCCAGGCUCAAGUGAUCCUCCCAUCUCAGCCUCCCAGGUAAACUGCCCUGCACGCAUAUAGUCACUACUCAACAAAUGUUCAUCAUGAUUGCUGCUUUUUAACUCUUAGCAUGUCCACUUCAUCUCUAGGAACUUAGGAUUCCUUCUUUUCUCUUUUCUUUCUUUUCUUUUCCUUUCCUUUCCUUUUUCUUUUUUUGACAAUGUUUCAUUCUAUCACCCAGGCUGGAGUGCAGUGGAACAAUCUUGGCUCUUACAGCUUCAAUUUCCCAGGCUCAAGCAAUCCUUCCACCUCAGCUUCCUCCUAAGUAGCUGGGACUACAGGCAUGUGCUGCUACAACAGGCUAAUUUUUUUUUUUUUUGGUAGAAAUGGGGUUUUUCCAUGUUGCCCAGGCUGGUCUUGAACUCCUGGGCUCAAGCUAUCUGCCCACCAAAAGUGCUGGGAUUACAGGUGUGAGACACCCACACCUGGCCUUAGGAGUUUGGGAUUUAUAUGCUGCAUUUUGCCUACCCAGGGCUCCUACAUCAACAUCCUGUCCAAGCCUAGGGCCAGCACUUGAGCCACGCUUCCAAUUGCCUUUGUUCUCAGAACCCUCCCCACUUCUUUCCCUAAAUUGAAACUCCCUUUCCUUCAAGAUAGUUCAACGGGAGAGAAGCAUCAGAUAAAGCUUAAUAUGCUGCCCUCCCACAUUUGCAUUUUAAAACAGAAGCUUUUUAAUAAGAAAAAUGAAUCUCACCUGGAGAUUGUGGUAUGAGAACAGACUGAAUAAGGAAGAAGGAAGUUUAAGGGGGAACUUUGUAGCUGUCUUUAAAUUUGGGAAAGGCUGUCAGAAAAUGCAGGGAACCACAGACACAUCAGCCACAUUACAGCUUCAACUUCCCAGGCUCAAGCAAUCCUUCCACCUCUGGGUUGUUCCAAAACAUAGAACAUAAACCCAAGGGGAGGACAUCCCAAGGAUGCAGAUUUGGCCUCAACAUAUUAAAGAAUUUUUCUUCCAUGCUCUAGCAAAUUGCCUUGCACGUGGAAGGCAAUCAACAUUUCACUGUUUUUAUUAGCAAUUAGAACUGUUAGAUGGUGACUGUUUCUGGCUGCAAUGAGGUCCUUAUCACUAGAAGUGUUCAAGAGUAGUUGUCCAUUUGGAUAAGAAUUGAACUAACUGAAUAAUCUCUUCCGGCUAUAAAACUCAGUGACAUUUCUAUAAAUAGUCGAAUUUCAACAGAGAUUUUAGAGUAAAGGAACAUUUUAUCAAUACUUUUUCCAAAAGGCAGGAAAGUAGUUAAAAUUGAGGGUUCUGGACUUCAACAUUAUCUGGGUUCAAACACUGGUCAUCCUGCUUGCUAGCUGUGUCACUCUAAGGAAGUUACUUGCUAUCUCUGUACAUCGAUUUCCUUAUCUGUGAAAUGGGGGCAAUACUAGUGUCUUUCUCACAGAGUUAUUAUAAGAACUCAAUCAGUUAAUACAGAAAAAGCAUUUAGAAGAAUAGCUGGCACAUAGAACGUUAAUGUUCAAUAAACAUUAGUUAUGAGGUCUCAUCUGAUACCCGUGCCACUUCUACAGCUUUUUACGUCUUUUCAGUAUGUGGAAGGAGGUCCUUUGUAGCAUAAUUGACCCUGACCUUGUUUUUUUUCCUAAAUCAGAUACCAGCCAUGGCCACUGUGAUUAACCAGUGGACUUUCUAUCUCCUAAAGCAAGCUUUAAAGCUAAACAAGCAGACAGGGCUGGUGACGUGCAGUUUAUGAAGGAUCUGCCAAUGAAACACAAUCAUGGCUGUGGACACCCUAACCCUGCUAUGUGCCUGGCAAGUGAUAGAUAACCAGUAAAUAUUUGUUGAAUGAGCUGGGUGCAGUGGUGUGUGUCUGUUAUUCCAGCUGCUCAAGAGGCUGAGGCAGGAGGAUCGCUUGAGCCCAGGAGUUUGAGACCAGCCUGGGUAACACAGCAAUGCUACAUCUCUAAAAAACUAACAAAUAAAUAAA